CAAAACAACACAAUCCUGCUCGCCAAAAACGAGCAAAAAGCCGAUAAACAAACGCUGCGCUUGAGAAGUAAUCGUAUUUUUUAAGUAAAAGAACGAACAUUCUCCACCACCACUACAAUGGGCGACCGGUACAACAUCCACAGCCAGCUGGAACAUCUUCAAAGCAAAUACAUCGGUACGGGACAUGCGGAUACAACGAAGUACGAAUGGUUAACAAACCAGCACCGAGACUCGCUUGCUAGCUACCUCGGACAUUACGAUAUGCUGAGCUAUUUUGCUGUUGCCGAGAACGAAUCUAAGGCACGAAUUCGAUUCAACAUCAUGGAAAAGAUGCUACAACCGUGUGGUCCACCACCAGAAAAGAUGGAAGACUAAAAAUAAAUGUAACUGAAAUACAA